AUGAAGCGAGUAUUCCCCAACUUUAAGAAGAUGGGCAAGGCCAACGUCACGCAAUACAAGGCGAAGAGUCGACUAGACACCUUGGAGACAUUGUGGGAAAGGUGUCAACGUCUCAACGUCCAGCUUCAGCAGAUAGCAACGGCCGACGAACAGCGUACCGUCAAAUAUUUCACCGAGGAGGAAUUCUUUGCGGCCGAGGACGUUUACCACGAAGCGGCGGACUACCUCGCAGACGUGAUAGGUAAAUUCACCCGGUGCGACUCGAAUGCGGCAUCAUCGGUAAGCGACGUUUCUUCUCGCGAAUUGUCUAGUGCGGUUUCAUUGCAAUUACCACGAAUCCUGUUGCCGAAAUUUUCCGGUAAUUUCGCGGAAUGGGAAAACUUUCGCGGUAUAUUCGAAUCGCUCGUCGCCUCGAAAGAAUCGCUGUCGAAUACGCAGAAAUUACAUUAUUUAAAAGCCAGUGUCACGGGCGAAGCCGCGGUAUUAAUUAAUCAUGUUAAGAUUGCAGACACAAAUUACGAUGGUGCGUGGAAAUUACUUAUCGAAGAGUACGAUAAUCAAAACGCGAUUAUUCAUGCCCAUAUUAAUGCUUUCGCAGUUUUGCCUAUUAUGAAAACAGAAUCCGCUGUCGAACUCAAAGGUUUACGCGAUACCGUUGCCGCGUUAACUAAUUUAAGCAGACCUGUUGAAAAAUGGGAUGACUUAUUAGUCUAUAUUGUUUCGCAAAAAUUUAGUCCACGCACAUGUAAUGAGUGGAAUCUGCAAUGCAGUAAAUCAACCGCAUCUCCGACGUAUGAAGAGAUUCGCGAUUUUAUGACGCUGCGAAUUCGAGGUCUUACCGAUCAUUCUAAGUUAAAUGCGGAUACUUCGUCUCAUAAAUAUAAAGGCUCUAAUCGGGCCUCGGUGAAUAACGUAGCCACCGAAAAAUGUUUGAAUUGUUCCGGCAAUCAUAAUUUGAUGUUAUGUAUAUAG